AAUAAUAAUGAUUUAAUGGCUGAGGUGACGGUUCGCGGCGCAAGCGUCACUUGUUUGUUUACAAGAUGUGGGAAGACCCGAGAAGGUCUCUCCUUCCGCGCUCUGCCCCAGCGAGCCGCUCACCUCCGCCCUCGCUCCUCCGUCUCCACCGCCCUCCAUCCGCCCACCAUGAAGGUCUUCAAGGACUUGGUCACCGGUGAUGAAAUGUUCACGGACACCUACAAAUAUGAGGUCAUCGAGGAUGCCUUCUAUAUGGUGAUAGGCAAGAGCAUCACUAUGUCCGAUGACAAUAUAGCAUUAGAUGGUGCCAACCCUUCAGCAGAAGAGGUUGAUGAGGGAACUGAAAGUAAUGCAGUUUCUGGUAUCGACGUUGUACUUUACAUGCGUCUUCAGGAAACUGGAUUUGGUAGCAAGAAGGAUUAUCUUGUUUACAUGAAGGAUUACCUCAAAAAGUUGAAGGGAAAGCUUGAAGGCACUCCUGGGGCAGAUAAGCUUGUUGCAAUCCAAAAGCCUCUAAAUGAUAUACUUAAGAAGUUCAAGGACCUUCAGUUCUUCACAGGAGAGUCUAUGAAUCCUGAAGGUAUGGUGGCAAUUGGAGACUACAAGGAUAUCGAUGGUGAGGAGCGGCCUGUCUUCUAUUUCCCAAAGUAUGGUCUAGAAGAGGAGAAACUAUGAGCCCACUUUUAUAGUAACAUUAAAAUUUCAAAGCCUCCUGACAACUGGAUCAUUGAAACAAUUAAGCAAUGCUAUACCAAAACUAAAUUGUUUUGACCUUCGCUAAUAAAAACCAAGAUCCCAA